UUUCCAUCCUCUGUACCGUGCAGUUGACUCCUGUGAUGAAGUUUUACCGACCAUUGGUCACCGUCAGUCUGACGGUGGUACUGCUGUCCUCCUGUGCCCUGCAGGCGGCAGAAGUCCGCGAACCAGACGAGAAAGACUGGUACCAGCAUGCCACGUUCUAUCAGAUCUAUCCACGUUCCUUUCAAGACAGCAACGGGGACGGUAUCGGCGAUCUGAAGGGCAUCACGGCGCGGAUGGAGUACCUGGCCGGGCUGGGCAUUGAUGCGACCUGGCUCAGUCCACCGUUCGUGUCGCCGCUCGCAGACUUCGGGUACGAUGUGGCCGAUUUCUACGACAUCCAGCCCGAGUACGGUACGCUGGCCGAUAUGGAGGAGCUGAUAGCUGAGGCGCACCGGCACGGCAUCAAGCUGAUGCUGGACUUUAUCCCGAACCAUAGCAGCGAUGAGCACGAUUGGUUUGUGCAGUCGGCGAACGGGGUUGCAAAGUACCGGGACUACUACAUCUGGCGCCCGGGUAGGCAGAACAGCCAGACGGGUGCGCUCGAGCCGCCCAACAACUGGAUUUCCGUGUUCGGUGGACCGGCGUGGACGUACGACGAGCGGCGGGGUGAGUUCUAUCUGCAUCAGUUUACGAAAAAGCAGGCCGACCUGAACUAUCGCAAUCCGGCCGUGGUGGAGGAGAUGACGAAGAUGCUAUCGUUCUGGUUGGAGAAGGGCGUGGAUGGGUUCCGGCUGGACGCGAUCAACCAUAUGUUUGAGGAUGCGCAGCUGCGCGAUGAGCCGCCGGGCUGGGGAGCGCCGGGCACGUACGACGAGCUGGACCACAUCUACACGAAGGACAACCCGGACACGUACAAUGUGGUGUACGGGUGGCGGCAGCUGUGCGAUGACUUUGGGCGUCGGAUGAACAAAACCAUCAUCAUCAUGACGGAGGCGUACGCGUCGAUCGAGAACACGAUGCUGUACUACGAGGAUGCGACUGGGUCGCGGCAGGGCGCGCACAUGCCGUUCAACUUUCAGCUGAUCUACGACUUCCGGCACGAUCAGAAUGCGAUCGGGUUGAAGCAGUCGAUUGAUUUUUGGCUGAACCAUAUGCCGGCGAGGCAUACGGCGAGCUGGGUUGCUGGGUCGCACGAUCACUCGCGGGUGGGCAGUCGCGUUGGGCUGGAGCAUGUCGAUCAGGUGCUGACGCUGCUGCACACGCUGCCUGGGACGAGUAUUACGUACUACGGUGAAGAGAUCGGAAUGCUGGACUUCAAGGAUGCCCAGCUGUACGACAACCGCGACCCGAACCGCACACCGAUGCAGUGGGACAACUCCAUUUCCGCCGGGUUUAGCACGAACCGCACGACCUGGCUGCGACUCCAUCCCGACUAUCCGACGCGCAACGUGGCGAUGCAGGAAGCGGCCGAGAAGAGUACGCUCAAGCACUUCCGCACGCUGACGGCACUGCGGCGCCAUCCGACCCUGGUGCACGGUGAGUUCAAGCAUCGUACGGUCGGGCGGGAUGUGUACGCGUUCAGCCGAGAGCUGCACGGGGAGGAUACGCUUGUCACCGUGCUAAACAUGGCGACCAGCAGCAGGACGGUCGAUUUGGGAGACUUUGUCAAUCUACCCGCCCGGUUGAAGGUGGAGAUAGCGCAACCGAUGUCCAACUAUAAGGCAGGCGAUGAAGUCGAUAUUCACCAAGUGACCUUGCUGCAGCACGAUUCCGUCGUGCUGCGGGCCGUUGUUUCCGGAGCGUCUGUCGUGCGGCUUUCGCUAAUCGUCGCCUUGUUGGCAGCUGUUAAGCAUUUGUUUUAAAACACACACACACACUUUUUAAAGCCGUUUAGAAUAAAUUUGUUUGCUUAAUGGAA